AUGAACAUCCAAGCUCUUCUCCUCGUCGCGGCUUCUAUGACUGCGCGCGCCUCCGCCGAGUUCACCGUCACCUCUGCAGUCACUGAAGCUGCCACCUCCACCUCGGAGAACGCGGCCUUCGUCAAGCAGUGGACGCUGAGCGCGGUCAACUCCGCCGACACCAUCGACUCCAUCGACCUGGACCUCGCCGGGCGCGUGUACGUGAGCUACGUGAGCGGCCUACCGAGCGGCGUGCUCGGCUACGUGAACGUGUCGGGCGACUCGCAGACCGUGGUUGACGCUGUGACUGUCACCAACGAUGACACCAAUGACAAUGAUGCCGACGAUACGAAUGACACGGAUGGAGAGCUCAACAUCCGCAUCGGCAACAGCACGUCUACCGCUACGACGCUCAGCGGAUACCUGCUGACGGAGAUCUUCCUGGCGUCCACCGGCGUCGUGACGGACGUCAAGAGCCAGCGGUCGGCCCAGGUGGUGGUCGAGGACGGCGUUCUGGCGUCGAAUAGCACCACCGCGGAGCUGCAGGUGGAGACGAGCGGCUCCAGUGCCGUGUACGUGUCGGCGGCCAGCACCGACGUGAGCGCGCGCCAGCUGCACCUGGAGGCGACCGGCACGUCAAAGCUCCAGUUCAUCGUUGACAGCGUGUCGGUGACGGAGCUCGAGCUGGAGACGCAGGGCACCGGCACCAUCUGCAUCAGCGCGCAGCAGGUCACGGCCACCACCUACGAGGGCAAGGGCGCCAGCCGCAUCUCGAUGCCCAACGCGUCCAACAAACACGACUCCACGGGGUCGCUCACCUGCGACGAGUCCAGCGUUCCUGCCCGCGAGCCUUCGUGCGUGUCGAGCGCUUGUGCUUCAUCGUCGACCGCGGGCACGGCCGGAUCGACGACCGGCAAUGUCGACUCGAGCGAGUCGUCAACUACCCGCCUCGCUGCGCUGGCCGCUGCACUGAUCGGUGCUGCGGCUGCCAGUCUGCUGUAG